AUGUCGGCACCUCAGGAUCCCAUCUCGUCCGAUGGCGGUGAUAUCAGCGAGUCUCUCGACCAGCUCAAGCUCGGGAACAACGAGACUAAGCUCGGGGACAAAGAGCCUUGUCUCGGGGACAACAAGCCUCGUCUCGGGGACAACAGGCCUCGUCUCGACCCGGAUGGAGAGCUUGCACCAAAGACAGACGAAGAGUAUACCCAGACGUCGUUGACUCUGAGAGCGAUCGUAUCGUCCAAGGAAGCUGGCGUCAUCAUCGGGAAAGGCGGCAAGAGUGUCGCCGACUUGCGCGACGAGACAGGCGUCAGAGCUAGUAUCAGCAGGGUCGUGGAGGGCGUGCACCACCGGGUUUUGACCAUUACAGGUGGCUGCGAGGCCAUCUCUGGAGCCUAUGGGGUUGUUGCGCGAGCCCUCUUGGAAGGCGCUGUGUCAAUUGGCAUGGGAGAAUUCAUCCAGGGCAAUGGCUCUGACCAGAUCGACCUACUCAUUUCUCACCACCAGAUAGGCAGCAUCAUUGGUCGGCGGGGCCUCAAGAUCAAGCACAUCCAAGAUGUAUCAGGCGUUCACAUGGUAGCACAGAAAGAGAUGCUGCCGCAGUCGACCGAGCGGAUAGUCGAGGUCCAGGGCACUCCUGAAGGCAUUCAGCGCGCUGUCUGGGAAAUCUGCAAGUGCCUGGUCGACGAUCGGCAGCGCGGCGCUGGCACUAUUUUGUACAAUCCUGCUGUUCGCGCGCAGACUCCCAGUGCGCCAGCUGGCCCAAUUGGCCGUGGAAGCAAUUUUGCACAGAAGAGAGUGCCCUACGGUGGAGGUGGACGUGGCAGCAGCUCUCGUAUCACGCAAACAGGUGACAGCGCCGGUUUCAGCAACGGUGGGCAGCGCCCAUAUAGUCGCCGUUCUGAUUCUGAUGCAGCCUCCCGUGGUCUGCCCACCCAUGACGAGAACGGAGAAGAGAUCCAGACGGUGAACAUCAGCAUCCCGUCAGACAUGGUUGGCUGUAUCAUUGGACGUGCCGGCUCCAAGAUUAGUAAAAUCCGCAACACGUCUGGAGCCCAUAUCUACGUUGCACGGGCCCCCCAUGACGAAACCGGCAAGAGGAUGUUUACCAUCAUGGGCACAGCUGAGCCGAAUGAGACUGCUCUUUACCUCAUCUACGAGACCUUGGAGGCAGAGAAGAUGCGCCGUCAGCAGCAAGUUUGAUUGUUCUUUACUUCUGGACCGCCACAACCAUUUACAAGUUCCUCGGCGAGUUUGGCUGGUUCACGGCGAGUUUUUCUCGACAGCACCGGCAGACUAACAUACACGCCCAUUUACUUCUCUAUCUCGACGGGUACGUUCCGAGUCAUGACAGCCGAGCUGUUUUAGGCACUUGCUAAUUACCUUUUCACUGCUGACGAGGUAUCCGAGGCAUCAUUGGGUGAAGAGCCAGAGCAAUUUAAUGAAGGAUUUGCAGAGUUUUGGACGGUCCGAGUCGUAUGAACAAGGGUUGC